AUGGCAUCCGCACUGAAGCCUCCGUCGGCCGACACACUCAAAUCCUACCCGUUUGGCAAGAUUGAGCCAAACUCGACAAAAUACUUCGCGUCCUGCAUGCUAGGGGGCAUCAUAGCAUGCGGGCCGACGCACACGCUCGUCACGCCUCUCGACCUGGUGAAGACUCGACGACAAGUCGACAGCAAACUGUACACCUCCAACUUCAAGGCGUGGCGCAGCAUCUUCGCAUCCGAGGGCCUCCGCGGCGUCUUCUUCGGCUGGUCGCCGACCUUUGUCGGCUACGCGUUCCAGGGCGCCGGCAAGUACGGCUUCUACGAGGUCUUCAAGCACGAAUACGGCGACAACCUCUUCCCCAACGCGAACAGGACGCUCGUGUUCCUGGGUGCCUCGGCCUCGGCCGAGUUCAUCGCCGACAUCUUCCUGUGCCCGUUCGAGGCGAUCAAGGUGCGCAUGCAGACCACGCUGCCCCCGUACGCGCAGAACCUCCGCGAGGGAUGGAGCAAGGUCGUGAGCAAAGAGGGCCUGGCCGGCUUGUACAAGGGCAUCACACCCCUCUGGGGCAGACAGAUCCCCUACACCAUGUGCAAGUUCGCCACGUUUGAAGAGACGGUGCAUUACAUCUACAAGACCCUCGGUAAGCCCAAGGAAAGCUACAACAAGCUGCAGCAGACCGGUGUGAGCUUCUUGGGCGGUUACAUUGCCGGCAUCGCUUGCGCCGUCGUCAGUCACCCUGCCGAUGUCAUGGUGAGUAAGUUGAAUUCGGAACGAAAAGCCGGUGAAUCUGCAGGAAAAGCGAUGAGCAGGAUCUACGGAAACAUCGGAUUCACCGGUCUUUGGAAUGGUCUCCCACUCAGAAUCGCCAUGAUAGGAACCUUGACAGCGUUCCAGUGGCUCAUCUACGACUCAUUCAAAGUCUACCUUGGUCUGCCGACGACAGGUGGUCACUGA